AUGCUCUCCAUUAGCCAAGGGGACCAUGGCUACCUUGGGAGGAUGGUGCAUGAAAAAAUGUCAUUUGGAUCAUUUCCACUGGCAAAUCUGACAGACCUCAGCACUCGGAAGGACAUGGCAAAUAGGACAAGUGUAAAAGAAUUCAUCCUUCUUGGCUUCCCAGGGACAUGGCAAUUCCGAGUCUCCUUUGUGGUGGUGUUUGCACUGAUGUACACCCUGACAGUGAUAGGUAAUGCAUCCAUCAUUGCCCUUGUGUGGAGAAGCAGCAACCUACACACCCCAAUGUACUUUUUCCUCUGCAAUCUCUCCUUCCUGGAGAUCUGGUACACUACGGGUGUUGUUCCCAAAGCCAUAGGAGUCAUGCUGGGGACUAGCCAGACCAUCUCCUUCAGUGUCUGCAUCCUCCAGUUGUUCUUUCUUCUCUCUCUAGGCUCCACUGAGUGUUUUCUCCUGUCUGUCAUGGCCUAUGACCGCUACCUGGCCAUUUGCUGCCCCCUGAGGUACAGCUCCCUCAUGAGCAGCGUCCUCUCUGUCCGGCUGGCACUCAGCUCCUGGCUGGGAGGAUUUUUGGCCAUUUCCCUGCUGGCCUUUCUGACAUCCAGGCUGACUUUCUGUGGGCCAGAUGUCAUCAAUCAUUUUCUAUGUGAUAUAGAUUCCUGCCUUGCCCUCUCCUGCAGCGAUACAUGGCCUGUGGAGCUGGCAACCUUCCUGGUCUCCAUAAUUGUUGUGGUGGCCUCCUGUGUGGUCACCUUGGUGUCCUACAUGUACAUUAUCUCCUCCAUCAUGAGGAUCCAGUCAGGCCAUGGCCGGAAAAAGGCCUUUUCCACCUGCUCUGCCCAUCUCAGUGUUGUCACCAUCUGGUAUGGCUCCACCAUGUUCCUGUAUGUCAAACCAUCAGCCCAGAACUCCCUGGAUGUGAACAAAAUAGUGAAUACCUUUAACACAGUGGUAACUCCUUUACUGAACCCCUUCAUUUACACACUCAGGAACAAAGAGGUGAAGCUCGCUCUGGGACGAGCUUUCCAGAAAAAGUGA